AUGUAUUGCUAUCGUCUCGCAUUGCCAGUUCUCCGGUCUACUGCAAUGGCUAGAUCCAUUAUGCGUGUAGAGUCAGCUAUAGCGAGAAGACUCCUGCAUACUUCUAUGGUUCGACCAGAUAUUGAUAGCGCUGCGAAAUAUGUUGGUGCUGGCGCAGCGACAGCUGGUGUGGCAGGUUCUGGUGCUGGUAUUGGCAACGUAUUUGGUGCUCUUAUAGUUGGUUAUUCCAGAAACCCUUCAUUAAAACAGCAGUUAUUUUCGUAUGCAAUCCUAGGUUUCGCGCUUUCUGAAGCUAUGGGGCUUUUCUGUCUUUGCAUGGGUAUGCUCAUUCUUUUCGCUUUUUGA